AUGCCAAGUCACAACUCGGAAGGUCUAACAGGUGGGGAUCUUCUCUGUAAGCUGCUCGCUAGUCACAACGUCAGUCAUGUGUUUGGUUAUCCUGGCGGCGCAGCCCUUCCUCUCUUUGAUGCCCUCUACAGGAAUGAUUUGUUUCGUUUCAUUCUCUCUCACCAUGAACAGGGUGCCGGUCAUAUGGCAGAAGGCUAUGCAUGCGCUAGUACGAAGCCAGGCAUUGUGUUGGUAACCUCAGGUCCAGGGAGCUCGAACCUCGUUACACCUAUGCUAAAUGCCCUUCUGGACGGCACACCGAUGGUUGUGAUUUGUGGUCAGGUGGCGACUACUGCCCAGGGGACUGGUGCCUUCCAGGAGAUUGACAUUAUGGCAAUUGCCCGGUCGUGCACAAAGUGGUGUACUGCUGUGAAAAAGAUUAGUGACCUACCGAAUGCUGUACAUGAUGCGUUCUACCAUGCGACUUCAACGCGCCCCGGGCCUGUUCUAAUUUCUAUUCCAAAGGAUAUCGGAGCAGGGAGCUUUGAGCCAGUAACAUCUCAAGAUCCUCUAAGCAUAUCGCCACAAAGGGUGAAGCAAGAGAAGCCUGUUCAAGAGGAAGUGGCACUUCGGGAUAUUAGUUGCACCUCGAAUGUCCAAGACAGUAUCGACCACAUUGCGAAACUGGUCAAUGAUUCUGAGCGUCCUAUCAUAUGCGCUGGCCAUGGAGUCCUCUCUAAUAAAACUGGCCCAGCCCUACUUUCCCAGAUUGCAGAAAAAAGCAAAAUUCCAGUCGCGACCACACUACUUGGAUUGGGAUGUUUUGACGAGACUCACGAACUGGCCUUGCAUAUGGUUGGCACCUAUGGAGCGCCGUAUGCAAACUAUUCCAUCCAAAAUGCCGAUUUGGUUCUUGUGUUUGGUGCCCGUCUCGAUGAGAGGGCCGUCGGUAAUCCACUAGAAUAUGCCCCCAAAGCCAGAGAGGCAGCUCAAGCUGGGCGAGGAGGCAUUUUCCAGUUUGAUUUGAAUCCUGAGAUAGUGGGAAAACUCAUCAAACCAACCCAACUCGUCAUUGGAGAUUUGUGUGAUGCACUACCAAGCUUGCUGUCUCGCUUGAACAAGCGAGAUGAUCGAGAAGUCUGGCUAGAUCAGAUCCAACAGUGGAAGAAGAAACAUGUCUUUCAAGUGCCCCUCAAAAGCAUGGAAAGUCAUGCCACGCCUCAACAGACUAUGGCAGAGUUAGACCGCCAAACAGAAUCAUUGAAGCAUCGCGUUACCGUGACGACAGGUGUGGGACAGCAUCAAAUGUGGGCUGCACAGCGCUAUCGCUUCAGAUAUCCUCGGUCAUUUGUCACAUCCGGCUCUUUAGGUACCAUGGGAUUCGGGCUGCCGGCUGCAAUUGGAGCCCAAAUAGCCCGACCCGACCAAAUAGUGAUUGACAUAGACGGCGAUGCCUCGUUCUGUAUGACCAUGGAGGAGCUACUCACUGCGUCGCAGUACGAUCUCCCAAUCAAAGUCCUUAUAUUUAACAACGACGUCCAGGGAAUGAUCGCACAGCUACAGCAAAGCAAUUAUGGAGGUCGAGUUUGUUUCAACCGUCAGGCCAAUCCAGACUUUGUUCAGUUGGCUCAGAGUAUGGGAUGGCCUUUUGAUAAAAACAAGGUUCAAUCGGAGACAUUCAACCUCAUGGCUUUUCUCCCUAUUUCAGCCUUGCUUAUGGGGCUCGCAGCUUCGGCUUUGAGCUUGACCUUCAAUGUCCCGACAUCCCCGCCUUCAAACUCAAGUGGGCAGCUCUCUGCAGCUCCAGUGGGUGUAUCUCUGGAGUUUUUUACAUUCCCCGCGUACAUCCAAGAUGUCAAAUCAACGAUGACAUGUCUGCAGAACUUGAAGGAUCUGACAGGAACGUGGCCCCCUAUGAGAAUCGGAGGCACUACUCAGGACCGUGCGACGUAUGAUAGCUUGUCAACCGAGGCUGUCACUUAUACAGUGGCCAGCGCAGGUGCUGCGCCAGAGACUUUGACUUACGGCCCAUCCUUUAUCUCCUUGGCUGCAAGCUAUGCUGGACAAGUCAUUAUUGGAUUGAACCGCCGUUUGGAUGAUAUCUCCAACACAAUCUCGGCCGCGCUUCUCGUCCAGAGCAAAAUGGAUAACCUAUACUCCAUUGAACUGGGAAAUGAGCCAAACUUUUUCGUUAACAGCGAUCCUAUUGCCAACGGUGCAUCCUGGACAGCUGCAGCAGAUGAAGCAUCCCAAGUCAGUUGGCAAGAUGCGGUGUGCGGAAAUCUUUCUGCAACUGAUAUUAUAUCAGCAGGUGUCUACUUUGGCACUUCACCCAUGAGCCUGGUCAGCCUUACCGAGAAAGAAGGUGAUGCGGAUGACUAUGUGAAGGAUUAUUGCUCUCACAACUACCCUCAAUCAUCUGGCUCCUACAAUCUGGCUACUCUCAUGGGCCACAGCGAUAUUACCACUCAGAUCAAGCCUUACGCUGCUGAGAUCUCUGCUGCUGCUGGCAAAGGCAAGCCACAUAUAUUCGGCGAGACCAACUCCGCAACCCAAGGAGGUGGUGGUAUCAGCCCGACCUUUGGUGCUGCUCUUUGGAUUUUGGACUAUGUGAUGCAGACUGUUCUUAUGGGCACAAAUGCCCUUUACUUCCACCAGGGUACCAUUGGAAACUGCCAAUACUGCUGGUGGGGCCGCUACAAUAUAGGCUCCCCUUACUACGGUGCUUAUUUCGCCACCAUGGCGCUCGCCAACGCCGACCACAUUGCGCCUCUGGAUAGCCAAGAUACAGCAUAUGCAGCCUACGCCAUCUACAAGGCUGGGAUUCCUGUGCGUGUCCUUCUCUACAAUUCCGACUACUAUAUCUCUACCAGCGGAACCCGCUCGUCGCAGACAUACACCCUGUCUGGGCUUUCGUCCCCUAGCGUCACUGCUAAACGGCUGACUGCCCCUUACGCCACCUCUCGGGUCGAUCAGGGCCAAAACCCGACCGUUGCAGGCCAAACGUUUGUGAAUGGCACUUGCACUAUUCAGGGGACAGAAAGCGUGGAAACAGUCACUGUCUCUGGCGGGAAAGCAAGCUUCACUGUUACAGCUUCCGAAGCUCUUCUGGUUUACCUGUAA